AUGAACCGCGAGCUCGAUGGGCUGCUGGACAAGCUGUCCCGCAUCAACCAGGAGAUGGGCGGGGAGGACGGCAAGGGCAAGAAGAAGGACAAGAAAGGCGACCAGUUCCACGAGCUCAAGACCAAGAUCGGCGAGAGGCUGCACCACCUCAAGAUGACCUUGCAAGACAACGAGGUGGCGGCGACGAAGCGGGGCAAGCAUCCCCGCGAAGCGAUCCGGCGACAGCAGGAGAUCAGAGAGGAGAUCCGUCUCGUCGGCGUCGACAUCAAGGACCUCACGGCCAGCUACGACCUCGAGAUGAAAAAGAAGAAGAGCAAGUUCUCUCCGGAAGAGCUAGCGAUGCGGAAGGAGAUUGUGACGCAGUACUGGGCUGAAUACGAGCGCAUUAAGGAGCUUGCAGCCGUGAACUACCGCUCUCCAGCAGGCCGGACGACCUUCGAUACUGGCGGCGUCGCAGCGCCGAUCGGUUCAUUUGAGAACGGCGCGUUCACAGCUCGGGCGAGACCUGUGGCCGGUGGAGGGGCGUUUGGAGGUCCCGUUUUCGGGGGGUUGGGCGGUGGAAUCGGUGGUGGAGGAGGAGGCGGCGGCGAUGGUCCGGUUGAGCGGGAAGUGGUCACCGACGACCAGCGUGCCAUGCUAGCAGACAUCCAGAGAAACGACCAGCGCUUCGAUAACAUGAUCGAGCAGAUAGGAACGGGUGUUCAAGAGUUAGGUCAGCAGGCUCGGAUGUUGAAUGAAGAGCUCCAGCAGCAAGCAAUUAUGAUCGACGGACUGAGCGAGCGCAUCGACACCACACAAGCACACGUGGAGAGCGUCAACAGGAAGAUGAAAAAGACCCUGGAGAAGGUUGGUCGCGGCGCAGACAAGUGUAUGAUGGACAUGAUCUGCCUCAUUCUGCUGCUCGGGAUCUUGGCCGUGGUCUACAACAUGUUUAUCAAGAAGGACUCCAGCAGUACAAGCACAACCACAACAUGA